CUCCCAAUCUCUUUCUAACUCUAGCAACCCACUCUAUUCAUUUUUUGCUUUGGUUCUUCAUCUUCUUCUCCCACAAAUUUCAACUCUUAAAAUAAGGUUGUUCUUUGUUCUUCUUGCUUGGUGUGCAUCCAAUUUAAAGAAAUUAUUAUAGUCUAAUCUUGGAAGGUUGUUCGACCAAGAGAGCCAUUCGCAUCAAGUUUUACUCUAAGUGGCACAAAUCAACUUUAAAGGACAACACUAUUUUUGUGAUUCUAUAGUUUGUGAGAUCUUUCUAACUCUCUCUAUUUAUUAUAUGUCAUUGCUAAUAUUUUGGGUUUACUUUGUUGAACCAAAACUUGUUUAUCUAAAAAAUGUUUAUCUAGCUAUAUUUUCCAACAAAUGUUGUUCUGAUUCACUUCUAGUCAAUGUUGGAUAAGUUGAUUUGUUUUUCAGUUAAGUUAGACAUGAAAAUUGUUAGGUUCUAAAUAUUUAGGAUUAAAUAUUUAGAUUCUUAUUUUGUGUAUGUUGGCAAAUCAAGAACAAAAACAUCUCUAGAUUAGGUGUUAGACAUUGCUCAAGAUAGUACAAAUCAAGAUUCAAGAACAUUCAAGCUUCAAAAAGGAGAGUUCAAGUUCUGUGAAGCUCAACCAAUCGAAAAUUAGACUUGACCAAUUGAAAAUCAUAGAAAAGUUAAUUCUAUAGAUUUUAAACCAAGCCCAAGCCCGCGAAAACAUUUAGGGUUUUAGUCCAGCACUUCUAAGUAUAAAAAGAAAACCCUAACUAUGUUUUGGAGACUUUUGAAAGACUUGUGAGUUACUCUUAUGAGAUUUGAGAGGUUUCUGUAACCUUCUAACUCUACGAGUGUCUACCGGAACGAGAUCUACAAUCAAGUGCUGGUGGAAUCAAGUUACUGCUACAAGAUUAGCAACCACUGGUGAUUUGAAACCUUUGAGUGGGAUCUCAAAGUCAUAAGUGUGGGAGCUCAUGUUCAGCAAAUCCAAGAAAGAAGAGUACGUGGAGUCGAAGCUGCACGUGGUCGCGUUAGUAAGUUCUACUAAAGAUAGCAUUAGGUUUAGGAGUUAAAUCUUUUGUAAACUUCAAUUCUUUCUUGUGGAUUUGUUUACCUUGAGGAUAGUUAGGUCAAAUUCUCUCCAAGUUUUUACAUUGCAACAUUUAGUUUUAUUGGUUUUCCUAGGUGAUUAUAUCAUUGUGUCUUUUACUUUUCUAUUGUGCAUGAUAUGAUAUAUUACUAUUUAACCUAGAUCUCGUAAUUAACCGAAAUAACUACUUGGCUAAUUCACUAGGUGUAAACAAUCUAUUUUAAAGGGAUCUAAACAAAUAAACAAAAAUAAAUUAGCUUAGGUGGCAAGAAAUUUUUAUUAAGCAACCAACAAUCCGGUUCUUUAUACUUGCACUCUUUUGUGCCUCUUUGUUAGUUUGACACUCCAUUCUUCUAGUCUUGCCGUUAUAGAUUUAAGAUAACCAGAAAUAAUCGAAGUUAAAAAAGUAUCAAAAUUGAAAUAAAAUCAUAUGUUUCACCAAACUUAAUGAUGUGGUGUCAAUAAGUGAAACAAUUGUUUUCAAAACUAAAUUUAUUCCCUACCCACUCCUCUCUCUCAAAUGCAAUGCCUGCAUCACUGUUCUAACAUAUCUUCUGCUAGCAUAUACCAACAAGAUUUUUUAACUAGUGCAUCUCCACCAAUAGUUUUUCCAAUAAGUCAGAUAAUAGGUUUUAAUUAAAAAUUAAAUCGAAGUCUUUUCAUUAUGACUUUGACACACAUCUGAAACCUGCCCCAUGUUUCUCAAAAACCAUAGACCAACUAAGGCCUUCCAUUGGCAUCAAUUUAUAUCUCAAGCCAUCAAUAAGACUCUAGACAAAAGCAAGAAACUGAUUGUUCAGAAACUUAUCAAGAGAAGAAGAAUUAUUAUUCCAAACCUUAGAUCGAAGUCUUUUCAUUUGACUUUGACACACAUCUGAAACCUGCUCCAUGUUUCUCAAAAACCACAGACCAACUAAGGCCUUCCAUUGGCAUCAAUUUAUAUCUCAAGCCAUCAAUGAGACUCUAGACAAAACCAAGAAACUGAUUGUUUAGAAACUUAUCAAGAGAAGAAGAAUUAUAAUUCCAAACCUUAGAGUAGGUAUUUGGUAAUCACCUUUACCAUAAUACAAAUAAUAAGCUGAUCGUCUGGGAAACCAAAGAAUUUGUAUUCACCUAGUCGGAUGGUCCUAGAAGCAGCAAGAGCAUUGGUUCUUUGGGCCUGGAUGGGACUAAAAGUGAUACCUUACCUUCUAGCCCCAAAUUUACUUGCCAUUUAUCUGAUGGAGUUAUAAUCAUAUAGUUCUAGCUUUACCAACUUUGAUCUAGUUGCGUAUGUAACAUCCCGACCCAACUUUAUAGUUAACCUAUGUGUUUGAGUGGUUAAUUAUUAUUUAGCGAAAAUGCACUUUUGGUCCCUACAUUUUGGGCCUAUUCUCAAGUUGGUCCCUAAAUUGAUUUAGCUCCUAGGUCAGUCCCUGAUUUUUAAAAACCGUUUUUAAAAUAAUCCCUACCGUCAACCCAGUGAUAGAAAAUACUGAGGUGGCAAAUGGAGGUCCUAGCUGUCAAACCCAUUUAUUAAAAUAAUAAUUAAAAAGCCAGCGUGUCCCACUUACACCCACGUGACCCUUCAUGUGACACUGUCACCUUAUCUCUCGCGGACUUACCCCUCACAUGACCCUCACAUGUUCCUACCAUGUCAUUUUCCCGCCCACUUAGCCCACACAUGACCCUCUCAUGACUGAACUCAUAAACUACCUUUAGUCUUCACUCCUUCACCGAAAAUCCCCAAAUUUCACCUUCACUUGGAAAUGAAACCUAACAAUCCCAAAUCGUCUUCUUUCCCAACAGCCCGUAUCGUCUUCAUCCUUGUGUUUUUCCCCUAAAAUCCAACUUGAAAACCGUAAGAAAACCAUUCCCCUGAAACUUGAAAACCCAUUCCCCUAAAACUUGAAAACCCAUAAUCUGAGAAAUCAUAGUGAGUUAGAACGACAGAGACUUUUACCGCAGCUGAUAAGCUACGAGGUACAAAGCUAUUUCUCUCUGUGUGUUUCUAUUUAUGUGUGUAUCUGACUCUCUUCGAAAAGGUGUGAAUGUGUGUAUAUCUGUCUCUGUCUCUCUCUUACUUUUAAUGCUUUUUGUCUCUCUCAUCGAUUAUGGACCACAGUUUAAGUGCUUUAUUAUGCUUUUAUUUGUAUAAUGUUUUCUGGUUGGUGUAUUUUUCUUUUUGGCCUUUAAGGAUCAUGGUGGACCAUGUAUGUUCCUUGUUAUCAGUAAAUGAUAUAUGUUUUGGCAUUGUUUUUAUGUUUAGAAGAUAUAGAGUCAAUGCAUAUUUGACUAUUUGGUUUAGUUUUGUCUUUAUUGAAAUAAAAUAUUCUAUAAAUAAUUUUUCAUGCAUGCAGGAUGGAUGAGUCUUUUACUUUGUAUGUGCAUCAUGGCGGACAUUUUAGUGAAAAUUAUCAGAAGUAUGUGGGGGGUGAUGUGGGGAUAGUAGAUGGUUGUGAUCCUGAUAAGUGGUCUAAGGUGAAAAUUGAAUCCAUUUGUAAAGAGUUUGGGUACACGUGUGUGAGUAGGUUGUGGUACACAAUACCUGGGGAGGAUGAUCAGGAGGGUAGGAUGUUCCACUUGAUCAAGGAUGACAAGGAUGCAAUGUUCAUGACUGGUUUGGUGGGGUGUCAUGGAUAUAUUCAUGUAUAUGUCCAGCAUCCAGUACAUGACCCUAUACUGGUUAAUAAUGGUAAUGGUGUGACAUUGGACCUUGUUGUAGAGCCUGAGCCUGAGCCUAAGCCUGAGGGGUAUAGUUUUAGUGAUAGGGAACCUGCUUAUAAGGAUGGAGAUGACUUCUAUCAUGGUGAUGAUGAUUUUGAUGGUCAUCAGUACUUCUUUGGGGGUGAUGAGGAUGAUAGGGAUGAUAGGGGUAGGGAUGAUUUUGAUUCUGAUGUUGAAAUACUUGGAUGCAGGAGACUUGGUAAGGAACCAGUUGUUGAGGAACCACAAAGGGAUGGGGCUGUCACCACUGAUAGUAAUGAGAGUUCUAGUGAUGCUGAAAUGGAAGGGACUAGAGAAAUGAACCCUAACCAACGGUAUGUGGGUGAAGAUAGCAGUGAUAGCUGGGACAAUGAUGUUGAGGCAACCAGAUCAGAUGGGGGCUAGUGUUGUGAACUCAGAUUACACCAGUGAGGAGCUGUUAAGUCUGACUGAGUCAUCAUCUAGUGGUGAUAAAGGGGUAGAUGAUAGUGACACUGAGGAUGAUGGUGAUGCUGCUCAUGGACAUGUGGAUAAUGUCACUAGGAGGAAGAAGUUUCUAGUGUUUAAACCAGUUUCUAAUCCUAAACACAUGAGGUUUGACAAGACUAUGUUGUUUAUUUCCCUUAAACAGUUCAAGGAUUCUAUCACUGAGUAUGCAGUGAAUGGUAAAUGAGGGGUGAAAUUUGUGAAGAAUGAUAAAUUAAGGGUUAGAGUUAAGUGUCAACCUCCCUGCAAGUUUACAGCUUACCUAGCAAAGUUGCCAAGGGAGAUGAGUUACCAACUUAAGACCUUGAACUUGGAGCACACAUGUACUAGGAGCUACAAAAAUCCAAGGUGCACUACCAAGUUCCUUGUAGGAAGUUGAUGAAAAAGGCGAGGAGACAACCUAAUAUAAAGCUCAAGGAUAUUCAAGAAGCAGUGCAUGAGAAGUAUGUGGUGAAUAUCAAUGCUGGGACGGCCAGUAGGGCUAGGGAAAAGGCUCAAGAGUUUGUUAAUGGGUCUUACAUAGAGCAGUACAAUCAGCUCUGGGAUUAUUGUGCAGAACUAAGGAGAUCUAGUCCUGGUAGUACAGUUCUGAUGUAGACUCACACUUAUAAUGAGGGAGACUUGGCAGCUGAAAUGGAUUUACAGAUAGGAGUGCCAUACUUUGAGAGAUUGUACAUUUGCUGGGCUGGGUAUAAGAAGGGAUUCUUGGCAGGCUGCAGGCCAAUAAUUGAAUUGGAUGUUUGCCAUUUAAAACCAAGGUGGGGGGGCAGUUGAUUAUUGCAAUUCCAAGGGACCCUAUUGAAGAACAUUUCCCUUUGGUUGUGGCAGUAGUGGAAGCUAAAACCAAGGACUCAUGGACUUAGUUUAUAAACCUAUUGCUAGCUGACAUUGGUAAUAGCAAGAGGUGGACAUUCAUAUCAGACCAACAGAAGGGAUUAGUGCAGUCAUUUGCAGAUAAUUGGCCUCUUUAUGAACAUAGGUGCGGUUGUAGACAUUUGUACAACAAUUUGAGGAAGCAACAUCCUGGUUUCCUAAUUAGAGAAUUGUUUUGGAGAGCAGCAAAAGCAACUUAUGCACAGGAAUUUGAGAGGGCAAUGAAUGAGAUGAAAGAUAUUGAUGAGGGUGCAUACUUUUGGCUGAAAGGACACACCACAACAAUAUGGGCUAAACACAUGUUCAGGGGUGAUGGGCUAAGUGAUACUAUCCUUAACAAUAUGUGUGAAAGCUUCAACAGUAAGAUCAUAAAAUUCAGAGGGAAGCCCAUUAUUAGCAUGGUUGUAUUUGAUGAAUAGAUCCCAACAAAAUAGACUGAGUAUUUUGAAGAUAGAGACUGAGUUGUGCCCUAAAGUAUGUAAAAGAUUGCAUACGAAGAAGAUGAGUAGUAGUAAAUGGUUGGCUUGUUGGUCUUCUGACACAAAAUUUGAGAUUAAGAAUGCGCUACAAAGUUUCAUUGUGGACUUGGAAAAGAGGACAUGUACUUGUAGGAAAUGGGACAUCACUAGUAUUCCAUGCUGCCAUGCAAUUUCAUGCAUAUUCUUCAACAGGGAGGCAAUUGAGAAAUACACCAAUGACUGCUACAAAGUCAGCACAUACAAGGCAUGCUAUGAGCCCAUCAUUGAUCCCAUUAAUGGUCAGAAUAUGUGGACUCCAACUGGACUCCCACUUGUGCAGCCUCCAAUAAAGAGAAGGCCACCUGACAGGCCUAAGAAGAAGAGAGCAAGGGAACCCAAUGAGCCAAGAAGGGGUCAUAGCAAGGGGUUGGGUAUUGCCAAGAGGUGCAAGUCAUGUGAGAAGAUAGGUCACAAUAAAAGAAGUUGCAAAUGUGAGGUUGGAGGGAAUUCUUCAUUGCCUACAGUUGCUGGUGGUGGUCCAAACAACAGGAGUUCUAGGAAAAAACAGACAACUAAUGGGGCUCAUACUGGUGGAGUUGGUGGAGCAAGUGGAGGAGUGGCCAUCAAUGAGCCAAAUCCACCAAGGGUACCACCUACCACACAAGUUGGAAGCAGUGCAGCAACUACCAGACAAGCUAUAAGCAAUGCACCCCCCAAUAGUACAACAUCCAAUCCAAGCAAGAACACACAUGGAAAUCCAAAGAAGAGAAAGAAGGGGAGUGUCGCAAGUGAGACUUUGAAUGCAUCAAGAAAUGCAUCUAGGUACAAAGAAGCAUUGAGGUUUGCUAAAAGCCAGUCAUCUGUGCUUGGGCCAAUGGGAUAAGCUGCUGGAGACUGAGCAAUAUCCAUUUCUUUGUUUUUUGUAUCUUUGAACUUUUUUGUGGUAGUCAAUGUGAAAGGUUGUAAUUAUGGCUGAAUUAUGUACAUUUUGGUAGUGUUAAACUAUGGUAGCUAAGUACUGCACAAUGGCCUUGUGAAAGUUUGUCAGUGGUAGGAAAAGUCCUUUUUGUUGGUUGUAAUUAUGGCUAAAUUAUGUACAUUUUGGUAGUGUUGAACUAUGGCAGCUAAGUACUGCACAAUGGCCUUUUUGUUUUUUGUUGCCUAAAUAAUGGCUAAAUUAUGCAAAAGAAGUUUUUGUGUAUGGCAGUUAAGGUUUUUGUGUAUUGUGAUUUGUGUAUAGUAGCUAAGGUUUUUGGGUAUUGUGAUUUGUGUAAUAUGGAAGG